CUUUCUCGAACACCAAACCACCAUAUCCACAAUCAUGACGAGUCUCUUACCACAAACCUGCUUUAGGCAGCUUGCACGGAACUCCUCGAGGCAAAGGGUUCCGGUUUUUCUGGCGCCUGAAUUGGCUCGCGCCCAACAGACACAAUGUUUCUCGACUACACCCCGGACACAAUCUCGGAUGGGAGGCGCCGCGAUCUCAGUUCCCCCGGAGGUGUCACUGAAAUUUAUCGACCUGCCUCAAACACAGAUCAGGGGUAAAGCGAAGGAUCAACCAAAGGUUGCAAUUGAAGUCAAAGGCCCAUUGGGAGAAUUGACCCUCAACGUUCCACCCUUCGUCAAUGUUGCACAUGAUGAAUCUCUCCGAAAAGCUACACUAUCAGUUGAAGAUGCGACACUUACCCACCAGCGGGCCAUGUGGGGAACUACCCGAGCUCACCUGCAAAACUCUAUCCUCGGAGUGUCGGAAGGUCAUAUUUGUAUUCUGAGUCUGGUUGGUGUCGGUUACAGAGCCAGUAUCGAGUCCACGGCGACCACCGUCGAACCUGAAUAUCCCGGUCAGAAUUUCGUCUCUCUGAAGGUUGGGUACUCGCAUCCGAUCGAACUGGGUGUUCCAGAGGGAGUCAAGGCCAGUACUCCCCAGCCUACGCGCAUCCUUUUGGAGGGCACGGAAAAGCAAGUCGUUACACAGUUUGCGGCGAAGAUUCGUGAGUGGCGGAAGCCUGAGCCCUACAAGGGCAAGGGUAUCUUUGUCAACGGUGAGACAAUCAGAAUGAAGGCUAAGAAGAUCCGGUAAACUGGAUGUUUACAUAUUUGGGAGAGGGGAGAUUGGUUAUGGUUUUCUGUAUAUGUAUAUUCAAGCACUCUUCUUUCUGUUGGCGAGUGGUAGCUAUUUCUAUGUACUUUUAGACACAUCCAGCGUGCGGGAUUUGACCAAAUGCACCCCAGCAUUU